CAAUUUGUCUGUUGUUUACAUUCAAACUGAGGAAGGAAAAUAAAACAUUAACUUCUUUGUAGUGAUUUCAGAGUUUCUGUAGUCACUAGAUUUUUCCCCUGAUUGGGUCCCAGCCGUUCAUUUGAAUGAUCCGUAACUAAUCCUAAAAUAGCCGACAGCGUUCUCCUCUUCUUACAGCUGCUAUUUUUGGAAAGACCAGUCGCUGAGGAAAAAAAAAAAAAAAAACAGCACAAAACCUCAGGAGCUAGUUUUUAUUCUGCUGGAGACACCUGACUGUUUUUUAAAGUCCCGUAAAACGUGGGAAAAAAAAAAAACGCUGAAAAGAAUCGUGCGCAGGAAAAGUACAAGAAGGCCGCAGCGGGCAAAGUUCGGAUCCGCGGUGUCGCCUGCGCGACUGAACCGACCGGCGAACUACUGAACCCGCAGAAGAACAUUAGCAUGGCCCGUCCUGCUGCACUUGAGCAUUAUAAGGCCGGCAUGUUGCUGAGCGGAGUUGGAGAUGCUCUGGGUUACAGGAAUCAGCUGUGGGAAUACAACCAGUCCGGCCCAGCCAUCCAUCAGGAACUACAGGAGCUUGGAGGACUAAAGAACAUCACUGUUCAACUUCCUGAUUGGCCAGUCAGUGAUGAUACGGUCCUCCACCUGGCCACCGCUGAAGCUUUAGCCACAGGAAAGGAAGGAGAGGACCUGCUGCAUGAGGUGGCAUCUCGGUAUGUGGAGGGUAUGAAAGACAUGGAGGGGAGGAAACCGGGACCAUCGAGCAUCCUGGGUGUGUCUCAGUUAAGACCAGGUACUGAAGGGGGCUACAGAAUAUCUUACAAUCCAGAAGGGACAGGAUGUGGAGCUGCCAUGAGGUCCAUGUGCAUUGGUUUGAGAUACCCUCAACCGGAGCAGCUGUCAUCUUUGGUCACGGUUGCCAUGGAGACCGGCAGAAUGACCCACCCUCAUCCAACCGGAUUCCUCGGUGCCGUUGCUUCUGCACUGUUCACAGCUUACGCCAUCCAGCGCCGUCCAAUCACAACUUGGGGGCUGGGCUUAUUGAAGGAAGCUUGUCCAAUAGCGAAGGAGUUUGUGAAGUCGGCAGGAUACGCCGUUCCUGAGACGGAGAGAGACUGGGGAUACUUCACGGAGAAAUGGGAAUGGUAUCUUGAAUUGAGGGGUUUGUCAUUAGGUACUGGUCCAGUGGUGUUUCCUGACCGAUAUGGACCGGCCGAACGCGACGAGGCAUAUAAGAGCUUCAGCCUCUCUGGAUGGGCAGGACGAAGCGGUCACGACGCACCGAUGAUAGCUCUGGAUGCUCUACUGGGGGCGGGGUCAAACUGGGAGGAGUUAAUGAGCCGUGCAGGUUUCCACGGAGGAGACAGCGACAGCACGGCGGUCAUAGCGUGCUGCUGUUGGGGUCUGAUGUACCGGAUGGAGGGAGUGCCCGAGUGUAACUACACCAACCUGGAGUACAGGAACCGGCUGGAGAACAGUGCUGAGAAACUUUAUGCGCUAUCACACUGAAACCAUCCCAUCCUGUCAUCGUCUCACCAGACAAAAUGGCAAAUCGAGCUCCUAAAAAGGAAAUUGACUUGUUAACUUCAGUUAGCUAGACUUAGUGGCUACGUUACAUCUGCAGAAAUAGUAUCAUGCUUUUGUUUUAACACCUUCUUAGCUUUCUAAAUGUCUAGCUAUCACUUGAUUUAUGAAAACCAAGAAAAGGUCAAUUAUUUCUAAUUAUUAGAAAAAUAGCUUGCUAGCUUUCACAGCUACUUUGUAAUGAUACUCUAAUCUUAACUGCAUUGGGCUGAAGACAGAAAGGAAAAAUAGAGUCUUAAAUCAGUGCACAAUGUUUCUGCUAAACCUCGAGGAAUGAUCUGUGUCAAUUUUGGUAGUCACGUUAAAAUCGUAGGCCAGCUAGCUAGCUAACUUAGUUACAUAUGCUGCCUAUCAGAUUGGGUGUAAUGUAGCAGUAUGUUAUAGGCACAUAAAUAGAAACUUAUAAGAAGUCCUUUAGCAUGUUAGCUAGCUAACUCUAGCUAGCAAACUACAUGCAUUCUCUAUCAGUUUGUAUUAAAUAUGGUUAUAUGUGUAAAAUGUCAAAAAUAAUUAGCUAGCUAAAAAUGAUAAGCUGCUAAUAUAUUGCGUUAUAUUAGCACUUAGUCGGAUUGUGUUAGCAAAAUUGUAUUGUGGUAUGUGCAUAAUAUCACUGCUGGAAGCUAGGUACCAAAUCUUACAAACUGCAUAUGCAAUGUGGUUAUUUUACCUAAGCUAGCUAAAUUUAACAUGAAACAUAGCAGUAUAUGAUUAUCAGUAUGUGCACAGUGACCACUUUAGUAAUGCGUAAAAGCUUUUUUCCAGAACAGACAACCAUUUUACAUGUUUUAUUCUUUUGUAAUUUGGAAACUAAUCAUGUGGGGGUUUUCUGAGAACGUAAGCUGUCUUUCAAGAGGUUAUGAAGUCAAAACGGACAAACUGAAUAAAAACUGUGAAAUUUG